GGGGGCUGCGGCGGCGCGGGCGUGGGCCUCCAGGCUCCUCCUCUGCCGCGCCGGGGAUGCUGCUGCUGCCGGGCGGGCAUCGGGAGCCACGCGGAGCGCCGCGCAGCCGCGGAGAGGAGGAGGAGGAAGCAGCAAACACCCGAGGCUUGCAGCUUCCUGGCACAGUGAGGUCUUUGCUAUGAUUGCAGCAGCUGCUGUCUGUACUCGCUGCCCAGAGCUCUCGUGCCACAGUUCUUCUGGGCUCUGCUCCCCCUGCCGCAUGCCCCCUGCCUGGGAGCAGCAUGGGCAGCGUCAGUAGCCUCAUCUCUGGCCACAGCUUCCACAGCAAGCACUGCCGAGCCUCGCAGUACAAGCUCCGCAAGUCAUCCCACCUGAAGAAGCUCAACAGGUACUCAGACGGGCUGCUCCGCUUUGGCUUCUCCCAAGAUUCCAGCCACAAAUCCAGCUCCAAAAGCAGCAAGAAUGAGGAUUUCUUUUACAUCAAGGUCAGCCAGAAAUCUCAUGGCUCCCACCGAGCAGACUAUACCUCGCUUGCUGGCGUGGAGCUGGGCAGCCAAGCCAGGACCAGUGCUAUGGACUUUGGGACACCCACACCGCAGAAGCUGAUGCCCUUUCCUAGUCAGCUGGAAGUGGGUGCAGAGAAGCCAACUGCAAGACCGACAGCCUUCAAGCCAGUGCUGCCCCGGUCCGGUGCCAUCCUCCACUCAUCCACAGAGAAUGGGGGUCACCUCUCCCAGCAGCUGCAGCCCCCUGACAAAGCCAAGGAGCAGGAGCUGAAGCCAGUGCUGUGCUCAGGGGGUCUGUCUGACUCCGGCAGGAAUUCCAUGUCCAGCCUCCCCACCCACAGCACCAGCAGCAGCUACCAGCUCGAUCCCCUCGUCACACCAAUGGGACCCAUCAGCCGCUUUGGGGGCUCAGCCCACAACAUCUUGCAGUGUGCCAUCAUCCAGGACAGCAACAUGAUGAGCCUCAAGGCCAUGUCCUUCUCAGAUGGAGGCAACAAGAUCCUUAACCCUGGGAAAGCCCCCCCCAACCAUGCUGCCGAGAAGACCACUUGUAUCCGUUCGCCCAUCUCCAUGGAUGAGUCCACCAUCCAGGAGCUGGAGCAGAAGCUUCUAGAGAGAGAAGGGGAGCUGCAGGAGCUUCAGUCAAGCUCUGAGGAGAAGGAAUUCAGCUCCUGCCAGACAUAUGAAGAGAAACAGUGGCACUGCAAGGAAGAGGUGGAGGGCCUCAAGCAGAAAUGCAAUAGCAAGCUCAAGCAAACCUUGCAGAAAAGCCAGCGGACACAGCAGGUCUUUCAUCUCCAGGUGUUUCAGCUGCAGCAGGAAAAGCAGCAGCUCCGGGAGGAGCUGGAGAAGCUCAUGAAAGAGCAAACCCUGCUGGAGACCAAGCUGAGAUCCUAUGAGAAGGAGAAGACCAGCUUUGCCCCGGCACUGGAAGAGACCCAGUGGGAGGUAUGCCAGAAGUCAGGGGAGAUCUCCCUCCUGAAGCAGCAGCUGAAGGAAUCCCAGACAGAGCUCAACAGCAAGACCACUGAGAUCCUCAGCGUAAAGGCUCAGCUGAAGGAGAUAAGGUUGAAGAUGGAAGUGCUGGAAAUGAAGACCCAGGACCUGGAGAGCUCCCUGCACACCAAGGCCAUGGAGCUGGAGGUGUGUGAGAACGAGCUCCAGCGCAAGAAGAACGAGUCUGAGCUGCUGAGGGAGAAGGUGAACUUGCUGGAGCAGGAGAUCAUGGACCUGCGGACGGAGGUAGCCAUCCUCAAGGAGCAGCUGAGUGAAGCCCGGGAGGUGGCCAGGUCCUGCCCCAUGAUGGACAAUGCUCAAGCCCUACAGGGAGAGGUGGAGAGACUGAGGGCAGAGCUGAAGGCUGAGCAGGACAACAAUGAGCAGAUGACUUCCAGCUUCCAGCAUGAACGGCAGACAUGGAAGGAGGAGAAGGAGAAAGUGAUUCACUACCAGAAGCAGCUGCAGCAGAGCUACCUGCACAUGUACAAGAGGAACCAGAAUAUGGAGAAGAUGCUGCAGCAGCUUGCCACAGGGGAAGAUGGCAGGGAACCUAUUGAGCUGGACAUACCUGGCACAGAUGUCCCCUAUGAGGAUAUCAUUGCCACCGAGAUCUGAGCCAGGUCUGCCUUCUCCUCCAUGCAGCUUGGCGUGGGCGUCUCUCUCAGGCAAGAAGCACUGCCCUGCACCUUGUACAGUUCAGAUGAGCCAUGUAUUUAUUAGCAGAGCUGGUGGCCUGACCAGCUCACAGCCCUCCCUGUGUUGCACCACAGCCUGUCGUGUUAGAGGUGAAAAAGCAACUCGUGCCAAUGGUGACGUGCCAGCAGCUCCUCCUUGCUCCCACCUCAGCAGUGUCCCUUCUGCCCCCUUGUUGGGCUGAGAAGCUGGCAGGGGAGGUAGUCAGGGAACAGGACUUCAGCGAAUAAUCUCCUGUCAGGUAUCAAGGUGAUGCAAAACUCCCAGGGGACGUUCUGCUCCAGGCUUGGAGGGAUCCUGGGACACCACAGCCCUCAUGGUCUUCAAGAGGAAUCAGACCUGGCACAUUUCCAGCUGUAGCCUGGAGGAAGCAUUGUGCUGCUCUUACACCUCCUUACCCUUCCUCCGGUCGCUGCCAAUCCCCAGGGAUCCUGUGGGACCGAGGAGCCACUUCCUGCCACCAGCACAGGCUGCAAAUCCACUUCUCCCAUCCUUUGGCCUCUGUAGUGCCUCAGGAAGGACCCUACACACACAUGCGCACACCCCACCUUAUUACAACCAACAGUCCCUCACCAAAAGUCACUUUCACCAACAAGCACUGCCCACCCAUCCCAUCCCCUAGCCACAGCUGCACUGGCACAUCCGUCCUCCCUGCACCUGCACAGCCGUGGUGAGCCCAGUGCUCCCCAGUCUGAUGGACAAGGACUCCCUGUCCCUUUUCUCCAGCUGCCAGAUGGGCAACUGGAUUCAAGAAUUAACAGGAAUUUGCAAGCCACAGUCAACCGAAGGAAUUGAAGGGGAAAUUGGUUGUGUUUGCCCCAUGUGCUCUCACAUGCUCGCUGCAAGCAUCCCUCCCAGGAGCGCCCGCUGCCUUUUCUCCUCCUGUGCCCUUACAGCCACAGAAUCCCAUCAUCUGGACCUGGUUGAAAAACCUCAAACCAGCCACUUUCAUUUUGUUUUCUAGCCUCUCUCGUAAAAUCUCCUGCUGCCAGCAAGCAGAUAACAAGGCUCCACUGCACGUCACCAGUGGUAACUCUCCUGUCCCACCACAGCUCAGUAGGAAUCAGCCAGCAUCCAGCUUGCCUGGAUGGAGGUCUUCAACCAGGACCAUUUCUGUGCUAGUGCAAUGUGUUGUUUUUUUUUCCUACAAUAUGUUUUUUUAACCUGCUAGCGAGCUGGGCACCAGCCUGAGAAGCCCCAUCCCAGGAUUGACAGGGGAAAUCUUGCACAGUCCCAUGGCGUAGAUUCAGCCAAGGGCUCUAAGCUGUGCACAAGCAGAAUUCAGCAUCCCUCACACUGUUCCAGCCAGCCUGUAACAGCAACACAGAAACCAGUCUGUGCCUUCCACAAAUGCCCCUAAGCACCCACUAUUUGCACUGCCCUGGGCCAUCCUGACCGCCACAAAGCAAAUCCUUAGCCAUGGUCCCAUGGAGAAAAGCCAAUUUCAAAUCCCAGUUCCAGCACUGUGGCUGUAGGUUGGAACCACGCUGGGUCUGCCAGCCUUCUCCCAGACCUGCUGAAGGAUGUUUUGGAGAGCUGGACGAUGGUGGUUAAAGGGUGGCACCCAGCUCCACUCUGGCUCAAGAGGCCAGAAGGGAUUUUCUGCAUUAUCCAAGCCAUAGCCCUGCACUGACGGCUUCACAAGAAAGGACCAGGAGCUUUCCAGUGCCAAACAUGUGGAGUGUCAAAGAGAGUGGAACCCUCCCUGCCUGCCCUAUCCCAGCAAUGCCCACAACUACCUGCCCCAUCCUGGUUCCUGCUCCAGCUGGCCUCUGUGCCACUAUCCCAGGUCCCCAUCACCCCAUCCCUGUCUCCUCCCCAGCCCUGUGUCCUUCCCCAGCCCCUGCUCUAUGGUGUAACCACCCAAGGCCUUGCAGUGCUGCCUUUGCACAAUGCUGUGUGUGACCUUCUGCAUUGCAGGUCUGUCGCUCCCGGUGCCUGUACAUACGAUUAUUUUUCUCCAGUUUUGUUUUUUUUU